AUGUCUUCUAGUGAGGGGAGUCUUUUCAGCUUCAAUCGACUGGAAGCACGACGGAAUCUUGUCGACCAAGAUGAUAACAGGGGUAUUGGACCUUUUCAUGAAGCCCGAGUCGCCCUUAGUAGUAAUCCAAGCCAGCAGGAUGAAAGAAAACGAGCACUUGGGUUUGGAGUCAGAUUCAUAAGUAGAUAA